AUGGCCUCUAUCGUCAACAAGGCCCACAACCGCUUGCUCGUCCAGAAGCAGUUGCCAGACGGGACCAGUCAACCAGCCAACUUUCUCGACAAUGACUCUAUCCGUCCCACCCCCGUCAAGGACCGCACCUGGACUUCCAUCACAUACUCGGCCUUUUGGUUCGCUGCCACAGCAAAUGUGAGCAAUCUAUACUCGGCCUCCACUGGCCAGUCCGCUGGUCUUAGUAUGUGGGAGGCUCUGGGCUGCUCACUCGGUGGCCAGUUGCUCGCCGGUCUUCUCAUGGCGCUCAAUGGUCGAGCUGGUGCAUUGUACCGAAUCCCCUUCCCCGUCGCCUGUAGAGCCAGUUUCGGAACAUGGGGUGCGUUGUGGCCGACCUUCAACCGUGCUAUUAUGUCCAUUGUCUGGAACGGAGUGACAUCCGUGCAGGGAGCUCAGUGUUUAUAUGUCUUCCUUCAUGCCAUCUUUCCUUCCAUCGCCAAUAUUCCCGACAUCAUGGGCACAAAAUCUGCUCUCAACUCGGCACAAAUGCUUUGUUUCUUCCUCUACUGGCUUAUCAAUUGUGCCUUUCUGUUCAUCCCGGUACCACGUAUGAAGAAGCUAGUUCACGUCAAAGUUGGUGUCUUCUUCGGCGCCACCAUCGCCUUCGUCGCUUGGACAUUGUCCCUGUCCGGCAGUGUUCGCAAAACACUUUCCGAGCCCUCCACCGUCAGUGGUUCAGAAAAGUCCUGGAUGAUUCUCAAGUUCUUCUUCUUGGGACUUGCUAGUUGUGGCACCUUCAUCACAAAUGCAGCUGAUCUGCAACGCUACGCAACUAAGCCUAACGAUGUUAUUGCUGGUCAGGUAUUCAGCUUCCCACUGUCUAACUUCUUGGUCGGAGUGUUUGGCAACGUGAUCGCGGCUGCAAGUAAAAGUAUCUUUGGCGAGGUCGUUUGGAAUCCUCUUAUAACCCUUGACAUGCUUAUGGAGGGUGAUCGUUAUACAGCUGCCAAUCCUAUUUUUGAGAAUUCUAUCCCUGCCGGAAACGAUAUCGCAUCUCUUAUGCCCAAGUACAUCACAGUGAAGCGUGGUUUCUUCAUCUGCGCAGUUAUGUCUUACGCAAUCUGCCCGUGGUACCUACUAUCGUCAGCAUCUGUCUUUAUCAACUUCCUGAGCUCGUACCAGAUCUUCCUAAGUGCCAUCACUGGUAUCCUGAUCUGCGACUACUACCUCCUGAGACGCGGCCUUUUCGAUAUUCCCAUGCUUUACUCAGGACAUAAGGCUUCUACUUACCACUUCUUCCACGGCUUCAAUCUUAGGGCCUUUGCGGUUUAUUUGAUCGCCGUUGCACCCAACUUCUACGGAUUCCUUUCCCAGAUGGGUGUCAAGGCACCACUGGGAGUCCAAAGAUUCUACUAUGUUGCAUAUCCCGUUGGACUCUUCAUAGCGUUUGGUGGCUACUGGUUGGUGAAUAUGCUCUUCCCCAAUGAUGGCAUUCCAAAGGUCUCGGGAUGGCAGGAGCCUAAGGAUUUUAUCGAAGACCACGAUGAUACCUUUGUCGACGUUGUUGUUAACUCAUCUGAAGCAUCGUCAGAUCAGGAAAAGGGAAAUCCAGAGGACGUUAUAAUGAAGAAAUAUUGA